AUGGUGGGAGCAUACCUGAGCUCUGCUUCCAAAUAUUUCAUAACAACUCCAAUAUUCUACGUCAAUGCUGCUCCUCAUUUAGGUCAUCUAUAUUCCAUGCUGCUGUGUGACUUCCAAAAAAGAUGGUUGGACCUUAAGGAAACACCGAACUACUUUACUACUGGUACUGAUGAACACGGUCUCAAAGUCCAAAUAGCUGCAGAACUGAACAAGACGGAUCCGAGACUGUUUUGCGACAACUUAAGCAAUAAAUUCAAACAUCUGGCUCAAAUAAGCGAUAUUCAGUAUGACAGGUUUAUAAGGACCACUGAUGCUGAUCAUCUGGCUACAGUACGCCAGUUUUGGGAAACCGUUUGGAAGAAUGGCUAUAUUUACAAGGGAAAGCAUAGCGGGUGGUACAGCGUUUCUGAUGAAACUUUCUAUCCAGAAUCCCAAGUUGAGCAAAGAGAUGGCAAAACUGUCAGCACAGAAACUGGAUCGGAGGUAGUCUACGAAUCAGAGGAAAAUUAUUUUUUCAAACUAUCAGCUUUUCAGUCUCAAUUGAUUGAUCUCUAUAAAGCAAAUCCGCAGUUUGUCAUUCCAGCUAACUAUUACUCGGAUCUCUUGAAAGAGCUAGAAAGGGAGCCUUUGCAAGAUCUAUCAAUAUCGAGACCAAGUUCCAGAUUGCAAUGGGGAAUUUCAGUCCCGAAUGACGAGUCGCAAAAGAUCUAUGUUUGGUUCGAUGCAUUAGUAAACUAUUUGACCUCUAUCGGAUACCCCUCAAGCCGGUACAAAGAAUUUUGGCCUGGAACUCAUCUGAUCGGAAAAGAUAUUUCUCGAUUUCAUUGCAUAUAUUGGCCAGCAUUCCUUAUGGCUGCCAAGGUAUCUCCGCCUGAAAAGGUAGUUGUUCACGGUCACUGGUUGAUGGGAGGAUCAAAAAUGUCAAAAUCAAAAGGAAAUGUUGCUGAUCCUUUAGCCAUUGGUGACUAUUAUGGCGUCGAUUCUCUAAGGUUAUUUCUCGGUGCAAAUUCAAUAUUGAGCAACGACUGUGACUUCACAGAAAGGAAACUAAACGAUCAUAGAGAUUUAUUCAUUGACAAAAUUUGUAACGUUGUCACUAGAUGUAUCUCAAAGUCUUUUGACCCUGCCAGAUCUGUAAUGAGCUUUUCCAACGAAGACAUGAAUCUUGUCUGGAAACGUAUUUUGGAAAGAGGAUGGGAAGGUGAUUUGGAAAAAGCUGCAGAAUUGAAAAAAAGUUACGAUGAAAUUGUUGACGAUGCGCAGCAACUGUUCUCUAAGAUUGACGUUUUGAUGUCAACGUUUACUACACACAAAUCAGUUGGAGAAAUAUUCGACCUGAUGCUCAAGGUCAAUCAAUUUGUGAACUCUACUGAACCAUGGAACCUAAAGUCAAAUGAGCGUCUUCAAGACUUGUCAAUAUUUGUUGCCUUGGACGUAACCAGAGUUUGUUUGAUAUUACUCCAGCCCUUUAUUCCUGGAUUAUCUAACAAAUUGUUAGACAUGAUUAAGGUCGAAAGUUCCAAACGGACAGCUACCUAUGCUGCAUUUCAGCAGGAUUCUAGUUACGGUCAAGGUGCAAAAUUUCUCAAGGGCUCUACGCCACCACUAAUCAAAGUACCUCUCAGAGCAGGUGCGUAUGAAUAA